AUGGAUCUACAGAAAGCCUAUGAUACCCUUGAAUGGAGGGCAUUGGAAGAUAUUAUGAAAGAGAUGAGCUUCCCCAUAAAGUUCAUCAAUUGGAUAAUGAUAUGCAUUACUAGUGUCUCUUAUAAGUACUCAAUAAAUGGGCAACAUAGUAAAUACUUGGCUUCAAAGAGAGGACUUAGACAGGGUGAUCCAAUAUCACCCCUGCUAUUUGUCCUUGUCAUGGAAUAUAUGCAUAGAUGCAUGAGAAAACUCCAAACCAGGCCUGACUUCAAGUUCCACCCAAAAUGUGCCAAACUUAGCCUAACCAAUAUUUGUUUUGCAGAUGACCUAAUCCUGUUUGCUAGAGGAGACAAAAGAUCUGUUGCAGCUAUGAUGGAAGUCUUCCAGAAAUUCUCUGACUCAACAGGCCUUAAGGCCAAUCCUGCAAAAUGCAAAGUAUACACUGGUGGGAUUGAUGACAAUGCUAAACAGGAGCUGCUGCAAAUUACUGGGUUCCAAAGUGGAGAGCUACCAUUCAAAUACCUUGGAGUACCCUUGUCUUGCAGAAAGUUAAGUAUUCAACAAUGCCUUCCCCUUAUUGACAGGAUAGUGGGGAAAAUCAAACACUGGACAACAAAAAUCCUGAGCUAUGCAGGGAGAAAACAACUGAUUCGAAGUGUUCUUUUUGCAGUAACAUCAUACUGGAUGCAAGUUUUUCCUCUCCCAAAGAGUGUCUUGAAACACAUUGAAGCUAUAUGUCGAAGCUACCUGUGGAGUAACACUGAGGAAAUUACACGUCGAGCUCCUAUUGCCUGGGACAAUGUGUACAACCCUGUGAGAGCAGGGGGUUUAAGUAUUACUUCUCUGCGGGAAUGGAACAUAGCAACCAUUGGGAAGCUGUUGUGGAAUCUACAAUCGAAGGCGGACAAGCUAUGGGUUAGAUGGGUAAACACCUACUUUCUCAAAGAACAAGACGUUAUGGUAUGGCAGCCAAGCUCUACAGCAUCCUGGCUCCUAAGAUCUAUUGUGAACACUAGAGAUGAGUGUAGAGUGCAUACUCAGAAUAAUUUGGCAUGGGAGAAAGCUGAGCUCACUAAAGUCUUUAACACUGCAGCCAAUUACAGGAUUAUCUGUGGAGAUAGUGUUAUGGUUCCUUGGAAACAUAUAUUCUAUCAAAACCGUGCAAGUCCAAGGGCGAAAUUUACACUUUGGCUGGCAAUGCUGGGAGGACUUUCCACUAAGGAUAGGAUGGAGAGAUUUCGUAUGAUCCAUGAAAAACAAUGUUGUUUCUGUUUGCAGCAGGAAACUCUGAGUCAUCUAUACUUUGAUUGUGCUUUUACUGGUACAAUAUGGGAGAGAAUGCUAGCCUGGAACGGGUAUUUUCGAAAAGGUAUGACAUGGGACAGUGAAAAAGAUUGGCUUAUAGAGGAACUGUCCAAAAAAGGCUGGAGAAGAGAAAUUCUGCGCAUCACUCUUGCUGAAACUGUGUAUCAUAUUUGGCAAGAGAGGAAUGGGAUGAUCUUUAAGCACACAAACCCUAGUCUUGAUGUCAUUAGAAAGAUUAAAGACAAAGUUAUAGGUAGAAGCAGUUUAUCUAGCAAGUUAAAGGUUCAUGUUAAUGCUAGUAAUGAUAGUUUAAGUUGA